GAAUUUGGUAAAAAUUUGAAUCGACAACAGAGUCUAACAGGGAGAUAUAAAUUAAAAGGAGAAAAGACGUACGUGAUGCUUCAAAGUAAAUAGAAAAAGAAAUAAUGGCUUUAAAAGAGAGAGAAAGACAGAAUAGGAUAGAAUAUGAUAUGCAAAAAGAUAGAAUGGAAUGAUCUUGCUAAUUUCAAGAAAGUGAAAGGAAACAAAAUGUCAAGCUGUUUAAACUUUUUCUUCUAAACAUGACCAAAGGCACAUGCACCUGUUGUUUAAUUGGAACUUAGGACUGACACUAACGUUAAUGCUUUGAAUACGGAGAAGUGCUCAACAAGGUUAAAUCAAUCUGAUUGGAUGAGGAGAUAUAAACGACAAUUAAAAUAGGAGCGUUCUUAGCAUUUUACGGGCAAACAGCACGCGUAAUUAAACCGAUCUCUAUAAUUGCUUUUGUUGAGUGCGGUUUGUUAAUAACUGUACUUUUGGCGAGCACAAACUUCGCCGUGUUUGAGAUCAGAAGAAGGAACAAGAUGGCUUCACCAGAACAACAACUUGAAGCAAUGGCGAAAGAAAUGCAGUCGAGAAGCACAGUUUUAAUUGUACUAGAGUCACUGGCUUUCGCCUUGAUUCUAUUAUUGCUCUUCGUUGGAAACGCUGCAACUCUAUUGAUUAUAGCGUUCAACAGCAGAAUGAGAACCACCACGAAUGUGUUCGUUGCGUCACUAGCCAUUUCAGAUUUUCUUUUGGGAGUGCUUUCAGCGGGUCCAAUCGCAUUUCCUACGCUACUUCUGUCGAAAUGGCCUUUUGAUGAUGCAACAUGUCAGUAUCAAGGCUAUAUCGCUGUAACCUUGGCAGUUGCGUCGACGCAAACGUUAGCUCUCAUGGCAGUUAACCGAUAUUUUCGAAUUGUAAGGCCAAGAAAGUACCAAACCUACUUCACCGUAAAGAAAACCCUAAUCAUGAUUUUUCUUAGCUGGUUUUAUUGCAUGUGGGCGCCACUGCCAUAUCUCCUCAGUGGUUACAAGAUGGUGUUUCACCCUUUCAAAUUUUUUUGCUAUCUCCAGAUCGAUAGCGGACCAUUCACGGCGUUUUUAGUCACUGUGUAUGUCGGGUUGCCGACUUGCAUCAUGGUCUUCUGUUACCUAAGAAUAUUCCAAACAAUUCGAAGCCACAAUAAUAAUUUUCGAGCUACAAGUGGGUCACGCAAUGCGGUUCAUGUGGAGGAAAUCAGGAUAACGCGAACAUUGUUCGUAAUUGUUGUUUUCUUUAAUAUUUGCUGGACACCUGUUUUUCUGAUAGACAUGGUUGACACCAUUCGAGGAAAGUGGUCGUUACCUCGGGAGGCGUACGUAGCAUACACCUUUUUAGCAAUAAUUAGCAGUGCUCUAAACCCUGUCAUAUAUGGUGUAUUGAACAAGAACUUUCAGCAAGAGUAUCUGAAGAUUUUCCGAUGUAGAUACUGCAGCUCACAAACAUUUGUACAACAAUUGAACUAAGGGGAAAGAGGCACUGGUUCUGUUGCUACUAUGAAAAGCAGAAUUUUUAUUUAUUUCUUUUAUUUGAAUUGUUAUUAUCGAAUUAUUAUUGUAGUUAGAUAGAUAGGUCAGUUUCUAGUAUAGAAUUAACUAAAUUAACUGAUGGAAAG